AGGUAUAAUACGGAUUACGUAAGAGGUACCUACUUACUGUCUAAGUACCUACCUAGAUCUUUUGUUCCCCAAUCCAUUGAAUCUUCAUCUUUCUUCAGCCUUGGCUUGUGUACAUGUAAGCCAUCCCCUUUCAGCCUCACAGGGCUGGGGUUCAACAAACCCCCAUCAUGUCCCUCAAUACCAGGUUUAUAUAAGCUUACUUAUCUCUCCUUUACCUCCGACCACACGUAGCGUCUUCUCAUAGACGUAAGAGACGUAAGAGACGUGAUGGCCGCCAACUACUGGGAGUCAACCCAGAGGCGCUUCUGGCAGUUCUCGAAAGAUGAACUUGCUCAGAUGCGUGACGAGCUGGAGAAAAGCGACCAGGCCCAGGCCCUGGUACAAAUGUUCCCUUUGCCACGGAGGACGCACCUGAAUAUAUAUUUUAACCAACAAAUCGGUCGUUUAGGAAAGAGACUCAACAUUAAACAACAGGCUAUUGCUACGGCCCAGCUAUACAUCAAGCGAUUCUAUUGCAAAGUUGAAAUUCGUCGCACGAACCCCUAUCUCGUCCUUACAACUGCGCUAUAUCUGGCUUGCAAGAUGGAAGAAUGUCCGCAGCAUAUCAGAAUGUUCGUUACGGAGGCGCGCUCUUUAUGGCCGGAUUUACUUCACGCCGAUGUUUCGCGGGUCGGCGAAUGCGAGUUUUUCCUCAUAUCCGAAAUGAACUCCCAACUAAUAGUCCACCAACCUUACCGGACAUUGACGACCCUUCAAUCCGAUUUCUUCCUUACUCAGGACGAAAUAAAUUUGGCGUUAUCCGUAAUUAACGACCACUACAUGACAGAUUUACCACUUUUAUACCCGCCACAUAUCAUUGCGCUCACGGCCAUUCUCCUUUCCCUGAUUCCCCGCCCGAACAAUAAUGCUAAUAUGGCGGCGGUAACGGCCGCAUUAACACAGGCCCAACAAAAUAGAUCUACCACCAGCACGAGCCAGAAUACCCCUGGUGCUUCCGAGAAAGAGAAGCAACAGGAUAUGCGAAUGAGCAAGAUACAGCGCUUCGCCGCCUUUCUCGCUGAGAGCACCGUUGAUAUCGAGGGCAUGAUAGACUGCACACAGGAGCUCAUUUCAUUCUACGAAUGCCACGAACAAUACAAUGACAAAAUUAUGCGUGAGCAAAUCAACAGAUUUGUCAAGGCGAGAGGGUUAGACAAGCACUAGGUGUGGCAACAUGAUCAAAAAAAUUAGCGUUGAGUGCGAUGGUGAGGACGAGAUGGAGAUUAUCCUUCCUGCAACAGUCCGCUUGACCAUUCGGUAAGCGGGGCACAAGUGCUAUGUAUCAAAAUGACGACACGUUAACAGCGAUGGGAUAUUGCUAUGUCUUAA